UGAAACUCACUAACAAGACAUUUUGAACACUGAGUACGUUUUUGUUAUUUACAGUAGUUACUUUUUAAUGGCUAGUAUUAUAAGCGUAAAUAAUAUAUUAGGUCAUAUAAUGCCACCAUCUAGAGUGUGAUCUCUAAUUGUUUGUUUCAAAUGUCUUCUUGCCCAAAAAUAAACAUUACAGUUUCAUGGUGAGCAAAUGUUUGCCUGCUCUGGAUCAAGGACAGUGUUGGGAUUUUUAAACAAACUGAAACCAGAUCUUGACCCUUAACUUGUGUUCAGGUUGAUUUUAAUUGUUUAAGUAAGCUCUUAAGUUAUCUAAAGUAAAAAAGGGAAGUUCAGAGGAAGUUCAUUUCAGCUGCUUGUAUCUGGGUUAUUGUGCUUUGAGUAAUGUUUACAGACCCUUCCAUCCAGAGGAAGCAGUUAUUCUUUUUCUGGUUGAGAACAAUGGCUUCCGACAGCUACUGGAGCAGCAAAAAAAUCUCAUCAUAUGUAAAAGUAAACAUGAGAUCUUGAGAUUCCUAAUCUACACCUUCUUGUCCAUGACUAUUACACAUUGAGAUUCAGUACAUUGCUUUUUAUCAUUCGCACACACAUACACACACACACACAGGCAGACACACACACAUACUGUUCUUUGUCCUAAUUGUGGUUGUUGUUGAGACUUAUGUUGAUAUACAAUGUGAGGGAUAGAGACCAAAGUCCAAUUCCUUGUUUGUGCACACAAACUUGGCCAAUAAAGUUGAUUCUGAUGUUGUAGGGAUUGACACAUGUCGUGGACUGGGUGUGAGGUGCUGACUGACCUUGAACUGCUCCGAAUCAAAAUCUGUAAAUCUGCCAGAGUCAGCUUCCACCCCAACAACAUUGUUGGCCUUGCAGAGCAGUUAAUUUAGCCUGUUUUCAUCAUUUAAUGUCUGGCUGCUUGUCAAAGCAUUAGGAAUAUCGCCCUCUAGACUCUUUUUGAAAUGUGGUAUAUUUAGACUACUUCAUGGCAAUGUUUAACUGAAAUUAACUAAAUGUUCUAUAAUAAAGAUAUGGUGUAAAAUUGAAAUAAAAGCCUUGAUCAUAUGCAACAUUUCACAGAUGUAAAAGCUAUUGUGUUUUUACGACUAAGUUGACCAAGCAGGCUCUGCAAAGCAAUCAUUAAAACAGUGUGACUUGUGAAAUUAUUUAAAUUUAGACUCUGCAAAUUUGAGACCAAGCUUCCUGUAAAGGUGCAUGCGAAAACCUGUGGUUUCCUUUUCCUCCCUGUGAAUGUGUAUUCAAGGUGGAAUGAAAUUUAAAAGAGAAUGUAUUUAAGUUGUUUUUUUAUUUUGUUUUUGUGAUUAAGAGCUUUACUCAAACGAUAAAAGAUACAAAAAUCAAUUUUUACUUUUCUGUGCAUUUACUUACUCUACCUAAGGGAUAACUGCAUUGUCAGUGAUGCAUAAAGCUAGAACUGACUUUGCAUUUGAAAAUUUACGGCACAUGUCCGGGUGUCUCUUCCAGCAAACAGUAACUUCCUCUUCUUUCGGGGUGAUGUCAGUUACUUUGCGCUUUCUGCUGUUUGUUUAGCUAAAGUAACUCAGAUUAACAUGAGUUAACCAAAUGGAGGCUACAUGAAAUUGCGUCAGGUAUCUAUUUACUGAAAAGAUUUUGGAGAGAAGGACAACAGACAUCAUGGUAUUAACAACAUGCAUGGGUGGUUCCAAAAACUGUUUAAAUCUAGAAAAGCAUCAUCAACGGAAAACGAGAAAGACAUAACAGGUGAAAAACUAGCAACAUCCACCAGCAUUGAAUCUGAACCAUCUUCAUCUGCAUCGUCAGAAGGAACAGCACUUACUAAACCAGAGCGAUUAAAGGUUGGUCUUAGUUCAGAGCUGAGAUGGAAACGGAAAUAUGACGUGUUUGUGUGCCACAGCUCAGCCCAGAGAGACAUUGAGGAGGCCACACGCCUGGUUUUGUUCCUUGAGACUCCGCCCCGUAGCCUCAGGUGCUUUCUGUGGCACAGGGACUCCUGUCCAGGAGGUGCCAUAUCCACAGAAUUUUGCAAGGCCGUGGAGAAUAGCCACAUACGGGUUCUGCUCAUCACUCCCAGCUUUCUGCAGGAUGGUUGGUGCAGUUACAUGAUGCACCAGGCCCUGGCAGAGGGACCCAUGUCCAAUAGGAUGAUACCGCUGCUUCAGGGCCUAGCCCACUCUCAGUACCCACAGGAACUGAGGUUCUACUACUACAUUGAUCUGAGCAGGAAUCCUGACUAUGGCUUUAGUGUCAUUAACAAGACCGUACAAAGUUAUCUGGAGAAGCUGAUAGAAAACGAAAAGAAACUGAGUUGCAGCCUGGGCGGCUCAAGCAGUGGAUCAGAUGGAAGAGACCGUAUGCAAGAAAGCAACGUGAUGUCAUUGCAAAACCCUGUGGAGACGUCUACUCCACUUAAAGGGAUACAGCAGAGAGAUGAAAGCAUCAGACAUUUGCUGUGACCAAGACUAAAUUAAAUAUAUGGUGCACUAAACACACUGCUGCGGAUGACUACACACAUAUUCCAGAUCCCCUUGGAUCAUGCCCUGCAUUGUUUUGAAGAACUGUUAAGCUCUAAGGACAAUCUUUGUUAUAUCUGUGCGUGUGUGUUGAGGAUGAUACAUUCUCUUUGCACAGCAUAGUGGCUUAUUUUCCUUAGCAGAUCUAAAGAAAUAGAGCAAGAAACACCCACAUCAGGCUAUGCAAUUAUGUGUUUAAGUUUCGCCUGGAGCAAGAAUUAAGAGAUAAGGUUAUUAUUAUUUUUUUAAUAAAAUGUGAGUCUCAGAAUUAUCUCAAUAAAAUAUAUAUCAGAUUUCAA